AUGAAGUAUUGCCAAGUACUUGUUAUUGUCUAUUGUUUAGUUACUAAAACAAUUGGACUUGAGAGUGACAAUUUUGAUCAAUAUCCAGAGACAACAAAAUUAAAACAAGAGUAUGAUUUCGUCAUUAUCGGAGGAGGGACUGCUGGAGCCGCGUUGGCUAACAGGCUAAGCGAAAUAUCCGAUUGGGAAAUUCUAUUAAUUGAAGCUGGUGGUCCAGAGGAUAAAACUGAAAUGGAUAUUCCAGGAUACGCCGAUGUGAGCCUUCAAAGAGAAUUCAAUUGGAAUUUUCAAACUGUUCCAAAUAAGAGAUACGGCUCUAGCUUAAUAAAAAAUUCAAUUUUGGUUCCUCGUGGAAAAGUACUUGGUGGUUCUAGUGUAAUAAAUUGCAUGAUCUAUAAUCGUGGUAAUGCUGAUGAUUAUAAUCGAUGGGAGCAGGUGUACAGAAAUCCCGGAUGGUCUUGGAAGAACGUAGAAAAAUAUUUUAAAAAAUUUGAAGAUUAUGAAGUCAAGGAUGUAAUCACACCUGCAAACUAUUUUGGAAAAAAUGGGCCUGUACAUAUGGAAAUUAGUUCUUAUAAGAGUGAGUUGUCAGAUGCGUUUAUUAAAGCGGCACAAGAAACAGGUUUGAAUUUGACAACCAUAGAUGGGCCUAAUCCAAUUGGGGUUGGUAGAAUACCACGUACUAUAAAAAAUGGUUUUCGAACUAGUGCUAACACAGCGUAUCUAGUACCUAUCCGGCGAAAUAAUUUACAUAUAAAACUAAAUUGUAUGGUCACCAAAAUCCUAAUCGAAAACCAGACUGCUUAUGGUGUUGACGUAGCAUGCGCAGAUACAAACUACAAAAUAAACGCCCGCAAAGAAGUAAUUUUAUCAGCUGGUUCUAUACAAUCACCUCAACUUUUAAUGCUUUCUGGAAUUGGACCAAAAGAACAUUUAGCUGAACAUGGAAUACCUCUAAUUAAAGAUUUACCUGUUGGUAAUAAUUUAAUGGAUACUGUCAGUAUUAUAGGUUUACAAUUUUCAGUGAACCAAUCGUCAUUUCCUAUGAGAGAUUUAAGUACGAUAAAUGCAGUACUAACAUAUUCCGGGACGGGUCCUUUAUCUACAUAUCCUAUGGAAGUGCUUGCUUUUUCACAUCCAAAUAAUGGAAAUCCUACAAGAGAAACAGUAAUGUUGUCAAUGCCUUUUGAUUACUUGAUGUGUGCUGAUGUUAAUUUGGACGAAAAAACAUGUGAUGAAGUUUUUGACACUAAAACAAACAAGCAAGCAUUCAGCCUCCAUCCUCUUUUACUUAAACCAAAGAGUCGUGGAACCGUUCGUUUGCAGAAUAGCAAUCCAUUUUCUGACCCAUUGAUUGACUUUAACUAUUUCUCUGAUCCAAGUGACGUUGAAAAUUUAUUAGAUGGCAUAAAAGAAGCUAUAAAUAUUGCCGAGCAACCAGCACUUAAGCCCUAUGGUACAAAAUUGGAGAAAAAUAAAAUUUCAGCUUGUGACAAAUACGAAUUUAGAUCAGAUGAUUACUGGAGAUGUCAAAUCUAUGAAUUACCUACAACAUUUAAUCAUGCGUGUGGUACAAAUAAAAUGGGACCAAAAGAUGAUCCAACGGCAGUUAUCGAUGCUGAACUGCGAGUGCAUGGAAUAGAUAGGUUGCGUGUUAUUGAUUCAAGUUCCGUUCCAGAGAUUGCUAAUGGUCGAAUGAAUGGACCAACAAACAUGCUAGCUGAAAAAGGAGCUGAUUUGGUGAAAGAAUCUUGGUUAUGAAGUGAGGCUAUAACUUGUUAACAAACGACAUAUUGACAUCAUUUUCUUAUAGAAGCACUUUAGAAAUAAAAAUAACUAUGUGACUAUUUA